CCAGGUCCCAGGCACUUCCGCUGCAGGGGAGCGUGGUCGCGGCUAUAAAUUCUCGGGGGUGGGCGCAUGAGCCCCGCCCUCCGCAAGCUCUCCGAGCUUUCUUGUCGGGUACCUGGGGACCGCAGGUGUCGGUCCUCCGCCUCGGGGAAGAGAAGCCGGGGCUAACCGUGGAAGUCGCAGCUGGUGGCGGGGGCAGCAGCUUGAGUCCUUGCCGUUUCUGGCAGGUCGCGCGUCUCCGGGUUUGAGCUGCAGGGAAACCACAUGAGUUUUGCACCUUCUCCAACGUUUAACCCUCAACAACCCUGUGAGCUCUGCCUGCCCAGGCCUCUUACCUCCUCCAGAGGAGCAAAAGGAAAUGACCAGGUUUCAGGAGGCAGUGACAUUCAAGGAUGUAGCCGUGGUCUUCACCAAGGAAGAACUGGGGCUGCUGGAUGCUGCGCAGAGUAAAUUGUACCAAGAUGUGAUGGUGGAGACCUUCAGGAACCUGCUCUCUGUGGCACACAGGAAUCAAAAUGAGAUAGAGACUCUUCAAGAAGUAGCAUUAAGGUACCUUUUACAUGAAGAUCUUAUCUGCUGGCAGAAGUGGGAACAAUUUACAAGUAUAUUAGCCAGAAAUCAAGAUGCAAUAAUAAAUCUUCAAGACAAGAGGUCUGAGAUGCUAAAACAAGGUGAUUCUCCCUGUCAUAUAUGGGCAGGAGUAUCUAUUCAGAGUUCUGAAGAUGAGAACUAUGUAAUGAAGUUUCAAGGGGAGAAUUCCAGUAGGAAUCAAAAUAAAGAGUUCCCAAAUGGGACCACCUGGGACUUUUUUAGGAAAAUAUAUCUGAGACAGUCACAGAAUUAUCAAAUGGAUGUAAGAAAUAAACAGUGUAAAUAUGAUCAGUGUGUUAUGAAAAGAGACCCUCAUCACCACGAUGAUCACAGAGCACACGUAAGAGAGAAAGUGUUUAGCCAUAAUAAUUGUGGAAAAGACUUGAAAUCAUCACAGCACAGUGUAAUCCACUCAGGAGUGCAAACAUCUGGUGAGAAUGGAAAAGGAAAGAGCAUUGACUCUAGUCUUGAAGUUCAUCAGCAGUUGCACUUAGGAGAGAAGCCUCAUAAAUGUAUUGAGUGUGGAAAGGGCAUCAGUUAUAGCUCAGUGCUUCCCAUUCAUCAGAGUGUUCCUAUAGGAGAGAACUACUAUAGGAAAGAUGGGGGUGGUGAGGGCCUCAGUCAGAGUUCACAUCUUCAAACUAAUGAGAAAGUCAACACAGGAGAGAAACCUUACAAAUGUCAGGUGUGUGCUAAAAGCUUCAAUCAAAGCUCUUCUUGUUCUGCUUAUGAACUCAUUCACAUAGGAGAGAAGCCAUAUAAGUGUGGUAAGUAUGGGAAGCACUUCAAUCAUAGCUUAGAUCUUAACAUUCACUAUGUGAACAACAUUGUAGAGAAAUCCUAUAAAUGUGAUGUGUAUAAUAAAAGUUUCAGUCAGACAUCACACCUUCUCAGCCAUCAGAUAGCCCACAAUGAAGACAGAGCAUACAAAUGGGAAGAAUGUGAUUGGAUACUUAAUUGGAAUUCUGGUCUUCAUCAGAGAGUCCACACUGGAGAGAAAUCAUAUCAAUGUGAUGUGUGUGGUAAGGUCUUCAGGAGGGCCUCACAUCUUCAAGCCCAUCAGAGAAUACAUACUGGAGAGAAACCAUACAAAUGUGGUGUGUGUGAUAAGAACUUCAGCCGUGAUUGCAAUCUUCAAGCCCAUCAGAGAGUCCAUACAGGAGAGAAACCAUACAAAUGUGAGACAUGUGGUAAGGAGUUCAAUCGGAAUUCACAUCUUCAGGGUCAUUGGAGAGUCCACACAGGAGAGAAGCCAUACAAAUGUGAGACAUGUGGUAAGGGCUUCAGAUGGAGUAAAGAUCUUCAAGCCCAUCAGAGAGUCCACACAAUAGAGAAACCAUACAAAUGUGCAACAUGUGGUAAGCACUUCACUUGGUUUUCCAGUCUUCGUGCUCAUCAGAGAGUUCACACAGGAGAGAAGCCAUACAAAUGUGAAACAUGUGGUAAAGUCUUCAGCUGUAAUUCAGAUCUUCAUGCCCAUCAGAGAGUCCACACAGAAGAAAAACCAUUCAAAUGUGAGACAUGUGGUAAGGACUUCACUCGGAUUUCAAAUCUUCAUGCUCAUCAGAGAGUGCACACAGGAGAGAAACCAUACAAAUGUGAGACAUGUGGUAAGGCCUUCAGAUGGAGUUCAUAUCUUCAAGGCCAUCAGAGAGUCCACACAGGAGAGAAACCGUACAAAUGUGAGACAUGUGGUAAGAACUUCAAUCAGAUUUCAAAUCUUCAUGCACAUCGGAGAGUUCACACAGGAGAGAAGCCAUACAAAUGUGAGACAUGUGGUAAGGCCUUCAGCUCCAGUUCAUAUCUUCAAGCCCAUCAGGGAGUCCAUACAGGAGAGACCUACAAAUGUGAAGAGUGUGGGAAAAGCUUCAUUUUGAAUCCUUAUGAUCGUAUUCAUCAAAGGGUCCACAUGGGAGAGAAACCCUAUAAAUGUGGCAUAUUUAGUAAGAGCUUCAUUCAGUCCUCACAUCUUGAAGCACAUCAGAGAGUCCAUGUUGGAGUGAAACCAUAAAAAUGUGUUUUUUUGUGGUAAGGGCUUUAGUCAGUGUUUGUUCAAGUUCAUCAGAUAGUCUGUUAAUGUGUUAAAAAAGAAUACACAUGAUGAUUUUGGAAAAGGUGACCUUCAGAACCUAGACUCCUCAUUUUCACCAGAAGAUCCUCACAGCUGAGAAUAUUUUUCAAAUUUAGUGUUUUAAGAAUUCAAGAAUGAGCUGAGUUUUUCAGUUAUGAGUUCUAUUGAAGACUACCUAUUGUAUGAGUAAGGCCAGUAUUUCAACCAGAGCUCUAAUUUUCACAGUUAUUAGGAGAACACACAACAGAUAAACCCUAUAAUGGUUUCACAUUCAACAGAGUCUGCACAGGGGAGAGAACUUAAAAUGUUGAGUAAGGUCAAGACUUAAGAAAAAGUAUAACGAUGGACAUGACAAAAUCCAUGUGCACUAGAAUAUAUGUAUGCAUGAAUGUGUGUUUGUGAGGGUGUGUGUGUGUGUGGUUGUAUGUUUUGUUUUAAGGAUUUGGCUCAUCUGACCAUAGGGGGUGGCAAGUCUGAACUUCAUAGGGUAGACCAUAUGCUGGAAGCCAUGGCAGAGGUGAUUUUGAAGUCCUUAGUUUGAAUUCUCCAGAGGAAACUGGCUGGCUGGAAAUUCCAGCAAGAAUCAAUGUUGAAGUUGAAGCAGAAAUUCUUCUUUCAUCUGAAACACUCAGUUCUCAUUUUAAUCCCUCCUCCUGAUUUGAUGAGGAGAUAGCCUGUUUGCCCACAAAAAAAUCUCUUUUGUUGAUGUAGGUGAAUCAGCUGGUUGUAGAUGUAGAUCCCCUUUGUGAAAUACCUUCAUGGUAACCAGUAGGCCAGUGUUUGACCAAACACUGGGCACCAUAACCAAGGCUAAUUGACACAUGAAAUUAAUCCUCAUAGCAGUAUCAUGGAUGCCACUCGUUCCACAUUAAUGUGGCUACAACAUGAGGGAUGGUCUGACAUUAUUGGAAUUCAGUUGAGCAAGAAAUAAAUUUUAUUGCUUUAAAUAAA